AUGGCGCAAAUUGGAAUGGACCACGAGCAUCACCACCACGACAACGGGUUUGGGAGCAGCGAUGGAUGGGUUGAUAUCAGUAACAGUUACAACUCGUCUCAACAUCAAUCGCCAAUAUACGAACAUGGAGGCUUUGGAUUUAUGCAGCCGGUUCAGCACAAUGGGUUACCUACGGAGCAUUAUACACAGAGGAUACCUCAACCUCCACCACCGCAUACAACCCACCAGCAACUGCUACCCCUCAUUAUGCCAAGUCAUCCAACAUGGCCCAGUAUGUUAACAAAUCCAGCAACUUACACAGCGCCGCCGGUUGCAAUUCCUCCAGCAUCAGCUCCAGUGGUCAAAGGCAAUGGUACAAAAUUGCCUGCAAUUCACGCAACCCCGUCUCCACGGAAAACGCUUACUGAUAGCGAUCGAAGACGGAUGUGUCAAUACCAUGAGGAAAAUCCUUCUGUAAAGCAGACUGAAAUUGGAGCAAUGUUCGGUGUUGAACGAAGCACUGUGUCCAAAGUCCUCCGUCAGCGGGAGAAGUAUCUCUUCCCAGAAGACCGUAGUCUUUCUCCAGUGAAGCGUGCCAAAGGGAAAUUCCCGGACAUCGAACGAGCGCUGUCAAACUGGGUUAGAAACAUGCAGAAACAAGGCCACCCUUUGACAGAUGCUGCUAUCAAGGAGAAGGCCAGAUUUUUUGCAACCACCGUGGGCAGCAACAAUGAGGGUCAUCUGAAAACGAACAGCACCAGUUGGCUCGAGAAGUUCAAGCAGAAGAAUGGAAUUGGAGGUGCCAAACUAACCCGAAGAGCUUCAGAAACCAACAUUUCUGACAGUGGGUCUCUCAAUCCGGACUCGGCGGGAGGGUCGGCGUCCCAGACUCCCAACGGCAUCUCUCCUACCUCACCAAGCGGCUUACCGUCUCCGUCACCACUGUCCGCAACUAAGAGCGAUGAGGAUCUGAAAUCCGAAAGCCUGAAUGGAUAUCUUGAGUUUGGCCAGGGCAACAGUGGAUACAGGCACUCGAAUUCUCAGAGUACCACAUCUCUAUCGAGUGCCUUCACAGACACCGCGCCUUCCUCAUUUUCAGGCGGACCAACGAGUCCCACGACUCCUUUCGCCUUCUCCCCAGAUAACAAUUCUGGAUCAUGGAUGCCUUCGCAACAAGCUCGAUUGCCUCCACCAGGAAAUAAUUUCCAACGACCAAGAAGCCAAACUUUUCCCAUGCUUGGAAUUGAUCCAUCCUUCAUUUCCUCGCAAACCAACGAGCCUCUCACUCCCAAAUACAAUCUUCCUGUAACAGCGCCUUCGUCAGCUUUAGAGUCUCCGAUUCACGAGAUGCCUCCACCGUUUGGAAUGGACGCGGCCAUCUCUUCACCUCCCUUGCAUCACAGUAGCAGCAAUGGCUCUAUGGCUCCACCGUCAUCGGGAACACCAAUCACUGGUCUACAAUCGCCACCUGGAUCUUCAGCUCCGGGAUCACCCACCCAGGACGACGCUCGAAGAGCUCUCGAUACUCUAAUCAACUUCUUCAAUCAAGCUCCCAGCGGCCUCGUUGAUCAGAACGAGUACAUGACCGUCCUAAAGUUGACUGAAAAACUGCGACUGCAGCAAAGCAACGGGCCGUUGCCAGGAGGUCUCCAUCGGAUCGCCGAGCAGGACUGUGAGAUCCCGGCGCCGAAGAUGGAGCAAACCAUGAGUGCACCCUGCUAA